CAACCAGACUGUUCCGUAGCAGAAGUGUACAAGAAGCGGGCAAGCGUGCGUUUGACAGAAAAGGGGCCUACAUUUCCCGGUGGAAGCUGCUCAGCGGCCGUGCGGGGACGGACAGGAGCCGCUAUUCCAGGGCCGAGACGCGCAGCAGCGGCUUGUGGGAUACAGUGUGCGGAUGAUGGAGGAAAACGCAGAAGAAUCGGACGUGGUGGCAGCCGUACGGCAGGAGGACACUGACCCUGACCCAUCAAACCUAGAAGAAUUAAAAAUCACACAGACUUUAAGUGAGGCCGACAUCAAGAGGGAGAAUGACGUGGUACCCGAAGAUGCUGCAGGAGACCCCUUACAGAGUGGAGACCCCUUACAGAGUGGAGACCCCUUACAGAGUGGAGACCCCUUACAGAGUGGAGACCCCUGCAUGGAAAAAAUUGGUACAGAGGAUGGAGAGAAGGUUCCCUUGGUUUUAGAGAGUGCAGGUGGUCCUCUCCACCGACUGCACUUGUUUUGUGUUUCAGGAAAGCACAUAUCUAUCCAGCAGGAACUUUCUCACUUAGAAGCUUUAGCUGAACAAACUGAUGGCGACAAGAAACCUUGCCCUUUGUGUCCUGAGCACAGAUUCAGGUCCUGUCAUAUCAAUAAGCUCCUUAGACACCUGCAGAACCUACACUGGAAAGUCUCUGUUGAAUUUGAAGGCUACAGAAUGUGCAUCUGUUGUUUACCCUGCGUACAGACUACACCGCAAAAUGAAAACGAGAUGCCUGGUAAGAUGAGCGCUCAUUACCAUUGUAUUAUCUGCUCUGAAGCUGUGGCCCGAAGAAGAACAGAAAUGAUAAGGCACGUAAAGCGACAUGUCGAGAAAGGGGAGACCAAAACAACAUCAUUGUAUGGUACACCUCAAGAAAUUUUACAGGAGUCCAACACUGAGGUACAGAUUCUGCCUAAUUCUGACACUCCACAGAAAUCUGGUACUUUUUUUAAUCCUGUAAUGAAAACGAACAGGCAGCUGAUAUUUUGUGCUCUUGCGGUACUGACAGAAGAGAGGAAACCUUUGGAGUGUCUGGAUGCCUUUAGUUCCACAGGCAUUAUGGGAUUGCAGUGGGCAAAGCACCUUCGGGGUUCCGUUAAGGUCACCCUUAAUGACAUCAGUGACAGCUCAGUAGCUGUGAUCCAAGGAAAUUGCCACCUUAACAAAAUUAGGGCAGUCAUGAAGAUUGACAAGACUGAUGAAGCAGAGUGUGAAAUAAAAGACGAAGACUUUGAGGGCACCAUAGAAGUUACUCAGAUGGAUGCCAACGUCUUGAUGCACAUGCGGGCGUUUGAUUUCAUACACUUGGAUCCCUUUGGCACGUCUGUGAACUAUUUGGAUGCAGCUUUCCGUAACGUCCGGAACUUGGGCAUUGUAUCUGUGACGUCAACUGACACCAGCUCUCUGUAUGCCAAGACGGUGCAUGUGGCAAAGCGCCAUUAUGGCUGCAACAUCAUCAGGACUGAGUACUACAAGGAGCUAGCAGCUCGAGUGGUCCUCUCAGCCGUAGCAAGGGCUGCUGCUCGAUGUAAUAAAGGCAUUGAAGUUCUGCUCUCAGUGGCUCUUGAGCACUUUGUGUUGGUGAUAGUCCGUGUCCUAAGAGGUCCCUCUCUAGCUGAUGAAAGUACAAAGAUGAUUAAUAAUGUGAUUCACUGCCAUUGGUGUGAGGAACGAAUCUUUCAGAAGGAGGGGAACAUGAUAGAAGAAAACCCAUACAAACUACUACCAUGUGACUGCCACCUGAGCAUGCCAGGGAGAUCUGCAGUCAUGCUUGGUCCAGUGUGGUCCGGAUCCUUGUUUAAUGCAGGGUUCUUGAGGAGAAUGCUGUUUGAAGCAACAACACGAGGGCUUUCAGACUUGCAGGCCAUACUAAAGACAUUGAUCUGUGAAUCUGAAUGCACGACGCCUAAACAGUUCGCUGUUCAACCAAGUCAAGGCAAUCAAGCGGAAGAAAGUGGCGUUUUCAUUAAAAUUCCAGAAGGAGAAGUUUCCGCAGCCCCAGGGAAAAGAAAAGGCCCAGACAUGAACACGGCUGCCCCUAAACGAAUGAAGACGGAAGUCCGCGCAGAGCAUCCUCCGUUCUAUUACAGUAUUCACAGGCAUGCUAUUGGAGGACUAAAUAUUCCAAAAUUAAACAAAAUUUUGCAGUACCUCUCAGAAGCUGGAUAUCUAGUGAGUCGUACCCAUUUUGACCCUACGGGAAUACGAACAAAUGCAUCACUGGCCUCGCUGAAGGAAAUCCUCAAAAAGAAUAGCAGCCUCUCAAAUACAUCACAGGUCAGCAGCUGCAAGGAGGAAAGCCAGAGUGAGGAGACCCCUCUGCAGGAGGCCACCACCUUGUCUGACCUGAAGUAAAUUUAGUUUGUUUGUUAAGAAUCCCUAAAUGGAAAUCUACUAUUCUUCUACAAAAGGAACAAACUGUUCUUUCAUGUAAUAAACAUAAUUUUACUUUCAAA